AUGGAGGCCCUCAACCUGCUCGACUUCAGGUAUUGCGGCCUUGUCCUUCGCCGCAACCUCGACAUUUUUUACGACGCCUACGACGGCGAGCCGAGUCUCUUCGAUGACUUCAACCCAACCGAGCAUGAUGAUGAGAGGUCAGUAGAACAAGUGUGUCCGACCUUGGGCCACAUGGCAGCUGACAUUGACAUGACGGCCACCAGUGUUACACAAAGUUUCUCAUCCAUCUGGCAACAACGACCGCUAUCCGAUUCGACGCCGCCAUUAAGCCCUACCGUUUCACGAGAACCAUUUCAGUUCCACGGCAUCUGUCACAGCAAUGAUUCCUCCAAUUCCAGGACGCCCCUUUCCGGAGAACUUCUAUGGAGCCUCGGAUCACUUUCAGUUUUGGACGCAUUUGUGAAGACGCCAGAGCGAUACGAACAUGUCGCAGUUCCUUUGAGUUCCGAUCUGUACAUGGUGCGGGAGGAAGCAUAUGUCGACUACAUCCCAUGUCCAGGCUCCGGUCCUGGUUCGCCCGCCCUCAGUGUUUUGUCCGAAGCAGCCCUACCCGAAAUCCCCGACGAGUUCCCCAAAAUCGACGACAGCCGACCAGUGGUUACCGAAAUUGAACCGGUUGCGGAGGAGACGAGCAAGAUUGAAGAGCAAUCGAUACCUCAACCCAGUCAACUCGUUCAACCCAGCCAGACUCGCGAUUGGCUUGCAACUGUUCUCGAGAAGAGACAAGCGACCCCCGAGAACGACAAGGCAUCCGUGCCCAUUAAGGAUCAGGCCGCGUUUGAUGAGGAGCAAUUGAAGAAGGCAGUGAGGGAACAACGUCACCAAAUGGAGCUCAGCAGGCCGCGUCUCAACAAGCGCACCCGUAUGCGUUCCAGUGCUCCGCCGCAAAGUCGCAAGAAGGCAAAGAAUACGCCGAGGGCAUCACCACACCCACCCGUACCAGAAUAUUCGCAAUAUCCGCAAUAUCCGCCGCAUCAAGUCUGGACUGGUUGA